UAUCCAUUUGAAUUGGUUUGAACUGUUAAAAUCGAUAAACAUCGUGUCAUAUAGUAAGGCUCUUUUUCAUUAAAAAUUAUUUCUUCUACUGAAAAAUACAUGUUUUAUUUUUAUCAAUAAUUGCUAUUUUCCUAAGCGAAAAUGGAAUCGCAGCACUUCAAACUGCUCUACUCUUAACACAGCGCCACCUACGCCUUUAGUUUCCUUCUGUGCUGACAUCUGUCGUCAAAACACGUCAGCUGCGAGAACUAUAAGGAAAAAAGUGAGAAGUUUACCAUCCUUUCUGACCGAAUGACUGCUGGUUCGAAUCUCACCGCAGACCGACUGUUUGCGUUACACGGGUAGCUAGACAACUUCCAGUACUAAACUAUCUCGGUCAAGACCAAAUCCACUCCUGAAACCGAAGUGGAGACCAUGCACAGUUCUCGGGAAAGACCAAUUCCUCAAAGCGGCAAAAUGGAAACCAUCGAAGGUACUCAGGUGAGUACUAUCAGUAUAAGUUCUAAAAUGUGUUUCUCAGUGUAAGACUUCGGAGCUCCACCGAGUCCCGAAGCGAGUGCCUGCGAGCGUGUCGGGAGAAGAUGGCUCCCUUCCUUGCCGCUGCCUGCAACAAGAUGCAUGCAUGCAACGAUGACAGCGCUGCGGAGACUCUGUUGCGCGUCUUGGGGGAGUAUGAGCAUGUUCUCCCCGAGGACGCGCCCCGACGCCCCCACGUGAAGAAGGAAGACGAUGAAGAGGAGGAGCCACGGUACACUGUCUGGGUGGAGGGCUUCAGCAUCGGAGAGGCGGGCAGCCUGGUCGACGCCCUCACCCUGUGGGCGUGUGCCUUCUUCAUCUUUCAUCAAAAAACCGGCCGGCUGCAGAAAAACACAUGCUGGUUCAUGCGGUGCUAUAUCCUAGACCUACCGGUGGAAAAGGCGGUGGACCGAAACGUGGCCAAGGCCAUCCAGGAUAUGGUGCGCUGAAGCCUUGAAGGCUUCUCGGUCGCAAGGGGCGGCCAG